UUUCGACAGCGGAUACGAAAACCGCUUGAUUUGCUUGGACCACCACAACGAAAACGACGUACGCAACAAAUACUUGCACCGGAAUAUUUGUUAUCUAACUUAAAUAAUAAUAAUAAUAACACUAACAUUAAUAUUUACAACAAUGACAAUAACGACAACGACCAUGACGACGAUAACAGUAGCCGCGAUUCAGACGUUUCAGAUGAUCCUAGCCGUUUUUCAGGAGCUGUCGAUCAAGCUAAUGAUGAGCCUUUGCCAUUGAUUGAUGGGCUUAACUUUUUUGAUCAACCAGUAACCCGAUCAGAGUAUCAAUUACUUAAUCUCCAUGUAAACAAUCAAGUUGCUAGUGGUGAUAAUGAUGCAAUUCUUACUGAGUUCAUCAAAGAGUGGCAUGUUAAACAUAAAAUCACACGUGAAGCGACUGACGAACUUUUACGCAAACUUCAAUCAUAGUCUCAAGAACAAUGUUUCUAUGCAAAAUGAAUUUAAAGACAUGAUAAGGAAAGCUGGUGGUCGCAAUGUACAAAAAGCCACUCGUUUUGCAUUGGAAUUAUUCAUUUCUGAUGAGUUGGCAAAACAAGUGGCAUGGUCCGGAUUACACAGUGAGAUUAAAAUCUCAGCAUGUUUUUUCGUAGAAAUUAUUAGUGAAAUUUUAUUAUGCACCUUGAACGUUACAAAGCCUAAUGUUGAACAUCAAAUAAAAGCCUGGUUUCAACGCGGUAGUGACCGAGCCAAUAAAAAUACCGAUCCUACAAAUGGUUCUGCCAAAAAGCAAAAAGUUGCCAAAUAAUUUUUAGUUACGAUCUUUAUAUUUACAAGUUGUUUUCUAAAAACUUUUUUUUAAUAGUAUAAAGAGUUUUCUGUUUUCGAAGUCUAAAUUAAUGAUCUCAAAACAUAAAAGUAAGCUUAUCAGAUAAAAAUAAAACUAUAAGUUAGUGUCAC